AUGGGUGGCGGAAAACGGGAAGAAAAACGCGGUGAAGGGUGGCUGUUUCUGUUUGCCUCUCCUAAACCCCUCAUUCCCCCAAACUCUCUUCUCUCCGCUUCAAUCAAACCUUAUAUUGAGGCCCAGUACAAGCCUAUUCUCGCUGGCUGGCUCUGUAGCCUUGUUUCAGUCUAUUCUCUCUCCAAAUCCAUCCCCAAAAUUGGAACUUUCUCGUCGUCAAUAUCGAAGUUGAGCGUAACUCAUUUGAGAAAUGAAGGGCUGGUUCUGGGUGUUUUUGUGUUGGCAAGACUGGUGGCCACUUACUGGCAACAAGCGUUUUUGUGGGAGGCGGCUUUGAGUGGGGUCCAUGAUUUGAGGGUUAAUGUUUUUGAAAAGGUUUUGCAGUGAGACUUGGCGUUUUUUGAAGGUGGGUCUGGCGUUUUGGCUGGAGAUAUUGCGUGUAGGAUCACUUCUGAAGCUAAUGAUGUUGCUGAUGCUAUUUAUGCUCUUCUCAAUACCAUUGUGCCCAGUGCACUACAGUUAUCAGCAAUGGCAAUGCAGAUGUUGGUUAUCAGUCCUGUCCUUUCUAUGAUUUCGGCCAUGGCCAUUCCGUGUAUGGCUCUUGUUAUAACCUAUCUAGGUGAAAGGCUUCGUAAAAUAUCUAAGAAGUCGAACCUCACCAUGGCUACUCUAUCAUCCUACCUGAAUGAGGUCCUCCCAGCUAUUCUUUUUGUUAAAGCAAACAAUGCAGAGCUGUGUGAGAGUGCUAGGUUUCAAAGGUUUGCCCAUUCUGAUCUAUCUGAACGUUUGAAAAAGAAGAAAAUGAAAGCACUCAUUCCCCAGAUUGUGCAAAUUAUAUAUUUUGGAGCAUUGUUUAUUCUUUGUGCUGGAUCACUGCUGGUUUCAAGUGGAUCUUUUGAUGCAUGUACCAUGGUUUCUUUUAUAACAUCAUUAGCUUUCUUUAUUGAACCAAUCCAGGAUAUUGGAAAAGCAUACAAUGAGCUGAAGCAAGGGGAACCAGCUAUUGAACGCUUGUUUGAUUUGACCAAGUUUAAAUCUAAGGUGAUUGAGAAACCAGAUGCUGUUGAUUUAGACUAUAUUAAUGGAGAUGUGAAAUUCUGUGAUAUCUCGUUUAGAUAUGGGGACAACAUGCCCCUUGUUUUGAAUAAAAUGAACCUCCAUAUCAGAGCUGGAGAGACGGUUGCUCUUGUGGGACCCUCAGGAGGAGGAAAGACAACCCUUGUAAAACUGCUUCUUCGCCUUUAUGAUCCAUUAUCUGGCCGUAUACUUAUUGAUAACCAUAAUAUCCAGAACAUUCGAUUGGAUAAUUUGCGAAGACAUGUUGGUCUUGUUUCUCAAGAUAUAACACUUUUUUCAGGGACAGUUGCUGAAAAUAUUGGGUACAGGGAUCUGAUGAGAAAAAUUGACGUGGAGAAGGUUGAGCUUGCAGCAAGAACUGCAAAUGCUGAUGAAUUUAUUGGAAAACUUCCUCAAGGAUAUGAGACCAAUAUUGGACCUAGGGGUUCACGUUUAAGUGGAGGUCAGAGGCAAAGACUGGCUAUUGCAAGGACACUCUAUCAGGACUUCUCAAUAUUGAUUCUGGAUGAAGCAACUUCUGCUUUGGAUAGCAGGUCUGAGCUAUUGGUGAGACAAGCUGUCGAGCGCUUGAUGGAAAAUCACACUGUGUUUGUCAUUGCCCAUCGUUUGGAAACAGUAAUGAUGGCGAAACGGGUAUUCCUUUUAAAUGAGGGGAAGCUAGAAGAGCUAAACCGGUCCACUCUCUUGAGCAGUAAAUAUGACUCUCUGGUAUAGACUGGACUUGAGAUUUGAGUUGUUUACAAAGGGGGUAUCGAAUCAUAGAAAUGGAGUGCGGGAAUCAACAUCAAAACCAGAGCUAGUUCUGCAUUUGCUCAAUCAAAAGGCACUUGGUUCUUUAUGCAUUAGUGUGUAUAUAGGUAGAAUGCAGCAAUAGCAGUAUAGAAUGAGUGACAUGGCUUUUAUAGGAAUAUAAUUGUACAUGUGACUUUAACUUGUUAUUGAUUAAAUGAUAGUAAGUUUCCAUAGGAAUUCCAAUAGUUUUAAGUGUUAGCUUGGUCUGCAGUUCAUCUUAUAUACCAUAAUAUAAUUUAUAUAACAAUCUUUUAUUUAUCAAUAUA